AUGUCUUAUUUUACUGAAUAUAAAGAUGUUAUACAAGAAGGUGACCUUGCUCUGAUUUGGAUUUCAAGAGACAAUAUAAAGCCCAUAACGAUAGAUGUUACUGCUACAUUCAACACAAGAUAUGGUUCGUUUCCUCAUAAGGACAUGAUAGGUAAAAAAUACGGCUCACAGAUAGCAAUCCGUACUAAAACCAACAAAAAAUUUGCGUUCAUCCAUGUUUUGCAACCAACUCCAGAACUGUGGACACUUUCUCUUCCUCAUCGUACACAAAUUGUCUAUACCCCAGAUUCUUCAUACAUCAUGCAAAGAUUGAACUGUGGUCCAAGUAGUACUGUCAUUGAAGCAGGUACCGGGUCCGGUUCGUUUUCCCAUGCCUUUGCUAGAUCUGUAAAACAAUUAUACACUUUUGAGUUCCAUCCCGUUAGGUAUGAACAGGCAUUGAAGGAGUUUAAAGAUCAUGGGUUACUUGAAGAAAAUGUAAUAAUUACUCAGAGAGAUGUUUGCGCCAACGGAUUUACCAUCAAAAAAGGAGAUUUGACAUCAGUAACAUUUAGCGACACUGAGGAAUCUGUUGACAUCGGGGCCAAUGCUAUCUUUUUGGAUUUACCUUCUCCAUGGGAUGCAAUUCCCCAUUUAGAUGAGGUUAUUUCUCACAAUGAAAAAGUUGGAUUAUGUUGUUUCUCUCCAUGUAUUGAACAGGUUGAUAAGACUCUAGAAGUGCUCGAAAAAUUUGGCUGGACUAAUGUGGAAAUGGUUGAAAUACAAGGUAAGCAAUAUGAAAGUAGAAGACAAAUGGUUAGAACAUUAGAUGAUGCAAUGGAAAGAUUGAAGGAUAUUAAGAAAAGAAAAUUAGAGGGCGUAGAGAGACGUAAGAGACAAUUAGAAAAUUUGGAGAAUGAUGAUGGGAAUAUUGAGGAUGAAGAGGAAAAAAAGAUUUUGGAACCACAACCACUUACUGAAAAGACAAAAUAUAAUCCAUUUGGAAAGGGGUCUAGAAUAAGAGAGGGUGACUCGAAUUAUGAAUGGAAGCAGGUUACUAAGAUGGAGACGGAGGUUAAAUCACAUACUUCUUACUUGACGUUUGCCUUCAAAACUAUGAAUAAAACAAGAAAUGAAGAAAAAGUUGGCAUUUUGUUAGCAUCAUUAAGUAAAAAGAAAUAA